UUCUGAGCCAAAAUGGCCAUAGUUUCGUUUCCUCUCUAGUUGAGGAAAAUAUCAGCGGUUCUCACGUGAGUUUUGUUUACUAGCAGGAUAAAAGGGAUUUGAGAAUGGAUAGUAAACCUUUUAGGCCAGAUGAGGCGAGGAGGAUUGUCCAGUCUCUGCAGAAACCUGCUGUGUUUCUGAAUAUGACCACAGACUGGCCAGCAUUAAACUGGAAUGUAGAGCAUCUGUCUUCCUGCCUUACAGACAGAAUACAAUUCCGCGUUGGAAGAAAGACAGAGAAUAAGGAUCCCCUUUUUGAAACUGAGUGCUCUUACAUUGAAGCAAAUCUCAAAGAGUUUCUAGACUGGACUGCCAAAGAUAGAGAAUCAGUUGUUGGGCCAUUUUCUGGAUAUCACUCCAAAGAGUUCUGGGUGUAUGCUGAUUACAAGUACAUUGCCCAGCUUUUUCAAAACAAACCCGCCAUGUUUCAGGAUGUACUGUGGUCAGACUUUGGCUUUCCUGGCCGAGAUGGACGUGACAGCACUAUUUGGAUUGGCACACAGGGUGCAAACACUCCAUGUCAUCUUGAUUCCUAUGGUUGCAACCUUGUCUUCCAGAUUCAAGGCAGGAAACGAUGGCACCUCUUCCCUCCCGAUGACACGCCGUGCCUCUACCCGACUCGUAUACCCUACGAGGAAUCCAGCGUGUUCAGCCGGGUCAGUGUUGUCCAGCCUGACCUGAAAAAGUUUCCCGCUUUCAAAAGAGCUCGAGUUCACACGGUCACUCUGCAGCCUGGUCAGGUUCUGUUCGUCCCCAGACACUGGUGGCAUUAUGUGGAGUCACUGGAUCAAGUUACCAUCAGUGUGAACUCCUGGAUCGAGAUGGAUAUAGAUGAUGAGGCCAGAGUAGAAGAAGCUCUUACCAAGACUAUUGUGUGUGCCAUGAAAAGUGUCCCCAGCUUAGACAAUGAAGACCACUGGCUCAAUCCUACUGAGGAAAGAGUAUCAUCUCAUGAUGAAAACAUGCACUAUUUAAACCUGGCUGUUAAAGCUUAUAUGAACAAAAGGAGAGAUGGUACAGAAGACCAGUCCUUAGUUCCAGAACAACACACAGCAGUUAAACGUGACUCCAGUGGACUGUUUAAGACUCCACUGCCUGACCUUUCUUUUGUUGUGCCCUUCGGACCUUAUCUAAUUCCUGUCAAUUGCGCUGAAAAACCCUGCCCAAAAGACGCAUCAUGUUCUCAAGGGUUCAAAGACACCUCGGUAUCUCAAAGUACACAACCACGACUUAAAUGCAAAGGUGAACUUGGCGGUGAUGGUGAACUUGAUCAAAGCUUAGGUGUGCAUGGACAGGAAGCAGGAAAUUCAAGGACAUCGAAUGGACCAGAGAAUGGUGUACGCAUAUCCACCAAUGAUAUGCUAGAGUGCCUGGUACACCCUGAUGUCAUCGCUCUGAUUACAAGACUUGUUGUGCGCAGACAAACAGAACUUAACUCUUAAUAAACUGCAUUUUUUUAUUGUAAAUCUUUAUAAAUAAAAGACACCAUGUUGAUUA